AUGGCCAAAUUUGCUCGAAUUAGAUCGAAUCUUAAAUCGUAUAGGGAUGAGUUUUUGGCUAAAGAAAGUGAGAGUGAAAAAAUUGCGCUUUCGGAGAUGGAGAAGUUGGAAGAAGAGAUGGAAACACGGGAUCUCUCGGAAGAGGAAGAAUGGAUAUUGUUGGAAAAUAGGAAAACCAUCCAAGAAAUUGACGAUAGAAAGAGAGCGGACAUCAAACAAAGAGCCCGCUUGAGGUGGGCCAUAGAUGGCGAUGAAAAUUCUAAGUUUUUUCAUGCUAUGGUCAACAACAGGAAGGCUUCGAACAACAUCCAUGGUCUCUCUGUUGAUGAGUCUAUCAAGCACAGGCUUGUUUUGCAUUGUAACAACAUUAAAAGGAUCUCUGAAAUGGACGGAAAUAUGUUAGUGGAGCCCUUUUCCGAGCUUGAAAUUAAGAAAGCGAUAUUCGAAUGUGGGGAUGAUUGGUCUCCUGGCCCGGAUGGUCUUAACUUCAAAUUUAUCAAACAUUUCUUGGAUUUAUUCAAAGACGAUUUUUCUAGAAUUUUUGCUUGGUUUCAUUACCAUGGUGUGAGAAAUGAUGGAAGCGGUGCGUCGUUUAUUGCCCUUAUUGCCAAAAUCUUCCACCUGGUUUCCCUUAAUAACUAUAGGCUGAUUAAUUUGGUAGGAGUUAUUAGCAAGGUGAUCUCUAAAGCUAUGGCAAAUAGGAUGAGGAUGGUUCUGGAUGGGGUUAUUUCGGACUCCCAAUCUGCGUUUUUAAAAGGAAGGAACAUUUUAGAUGGUCCACUCAUCAUCAAUGAGCUUAUAACGUGGAUAAAAAAGAGUAGAUUGAAAGCUUUUUUCCUCAAAAAUAGAUUUUGA